GUUUAAAUCACAUGGUGGCUGCGGGCUUGAGCAGCAUUAAGAAUCUACCGGUAGUGACUGGGACUUCUCUCUGGAUAUCAGAGCUCCGGUGUUAGAGCUCGAAACUGACCUGGAGGAUGUUGGGCUCAAAGAACAUGCCCUGGCGGCGGCUGCAGGGCAUUUCCUUCGGAAUGUAUUCGGCCGAAGAGCUCAAGAAAUUAAGCGUUAAGUCCAUUACAAACCCUCGGUACCUGGACAGCCUGGGGAACCCAUCGGCGAAUGGCCUGUAUGAUUUAGCUCUGGGCCCUGCAGAUUCCAAAGAGGUGUGCUCCACCUGCGUGCAGGACUUCAGCAACUGCUCCGGGCACCUGGGCCACAUCAAGCUCCCGCUCACCGUGUACAACCCUCUCCUCUUUGACAAACUCUACCUGCUGCUUCGAGGUUCCUGCUUAAACUGUCACAUGCUGACUUGCCCGCGGGCUGUGAUUCACCUCCUGCUCUGCCAGCUGAGAGUUCUGGAAGUCGGGGCGCUCCAAGCAGUGUACGAGCUCGAGCGGAUUCUGUACAGGUUUCUGGAGGAAAAUGCUAAUCCUACCGCCUUCGAAAUUCAGGAAGAGUUAGAGCAAUAUACAACCAAGAUUGUGCAGAACAACCUCCUGGGAUCCCACGGCGCCCACGUGAAAAAUGUCUGUGAGAGCAGGAGCAAGCUCAUUGCUGUCUUCUGGAAGACACACAUGACUGCUAAGCGAUGUCCCCACUGCAGAACCGGGCGGUCAGUUGUCCGAAAGGAGCACAACAGCAAACUGACGAUCACGUACCCGGCCGUGGUGCACCCGAGAGCCGACCAGAGGGACGCAGAGCCCCCGGGAAUUGAGGAAGCUCACUUGGGAAAACGAGGAUACCUGACACCCAGCAGCGCUCAAGAACAUCUCAUCGCCCUUUGGAAGAAUGAAGGAUUCUUUCUGAACUACCUCUUUUUGGGACUGGAGGAUGUUGCCGUGGAAUCCAGGUUCAACCCCAGUAUGUUCUUUCUGGAUUUCUUGGUGGUGCCACCGUCAAGGUAUCGCCCCGUCAGUCGCCUGGGGGACCAGAUGUUUACCAAUGGCCAGACGGUCAACUUGCAGGCUGUCAUGAAGGAUGUGGUUCUGAUCCGAAAGCUUCUGGCGUUGAUGGCCCAAGAACAGGAGCUGCCGUGUGAGGUGGCAGCACCUGCCACAGAUGAGGAAAAAGACUCUUCAGUUGCCAUGGACCGAUCAUUUUUGAGUCUGCUUCCAGGCCAGUCCCUCAUGGACAAACUUUACAACAUUUGGAUUCGCCUUCAGAGCCACGUCAAUAUUGUGUUUGAUAGCGAAAUGGACAAAUUAAUGAUGGAAAAGUACCCUGGCAUUAGACAGAUCCUGGAGAAGAAAGAUGGUUUAUUCCGAAAGCACAUGAUGGGAAAGCGAGUGGACUACGCAGCACGCUCGGUCAUCUGCCCAGACAUGUACAUCAACACCAACGAAAUUGGAAUUCCCAUGGUAUUUGCCACAAAACUGACCUAUCCUCAGCCAGUUACCCCGUGGAACGUUCAGGAGCUGAGGCAAGCAGUCAUCAACGGCCCCAGUGUGCACCCGGGAGCCUCCAUGGUCAUCAACGAGGAUGGCAGCCGCACAGCCCUGAGCGCCGCGGACCCCACGCAGCGGGAAGCCGUAGCCAAGCAGCUCCUGACACCUGCCACCGGGGCACCUAAGCCCCAGGGGACAAAAAUCGUGUGCCGGCACGUGAAGAAUGGGGACAUCCUCCUCCUGAACCGACAGCCCACCCUGCACAGGCCCUCCAUCCAGGCGCACCGCGCCCGCAUCCUGCCGGAAGAGAAGGUUCUGCGGCUCCACUAUGCCAACUGCAAGGCCUACAACGCCGACUUUGAUGGGGACGAGAUGAACGCCCACUUCCCCCAGAGCGAACUGGGCCGGGCCGAGGCCUAUGUCCUGGCCUGCACGGAUCAGCAGUACCUCGUUCCCAAGGAUGGCCAACCAUUGGCGGGGCUGAUCCAAGAUCACAUGGUUUCGGGUGCAAACAUGACCAUUCGAGGCUGCUUUUUCACCCGGGAGCAGUAUAUGGAGCUGGUGUACCGAGGACUCACAGACAAAGUCGGGCGCGUGAAGCUCUUUCCUCCUGCCAUCCUGAAGCCCUUCCCGCUGUGGACAGGAAAGCAGGUUGUCUCUACACUGCUCAUCAACGUGAUCCCGGAGGACCACGUCCCCCUGAACUUGUCGGGAAAGGCGAAGAUCAGCGGAAAGGCCUGGGUGAAGGAGUCUCCUCGGCCCGUUCCCGGCUUUAACCCGGACUCCAUGUGCGAGUCCCAGGUGGUCAUCAGGGACGGGGAGCUGCUCUGCGGGGUGCUGGACAAGGCACACUACGGGAGCUCGGCCUACGGCCUGGUCCACUGCUGCUACGAGAUCUACGGCGGGGAGACCAGCGGCAAGGUCCUCACCUGCCUGGCCCGCCUCUUCACUGCCUACCUGCAGCUCUACAGAGGCUUCACCUUGGGCGUGGAAGACAUUUUGGUGAAGCCGAAGGCGGACGUCAGGAGACACAGGAUCAUUGAAGAGUCCACCUGCUGUGGGCCCCGGGCUGUCAGGGCUGCAUUAAACCUGCCAGAAACUGCAUCAUGUGAUGAGGUCCGAGGGAAAUGGCAGGAUGCCCAUCUGGGAAAAGACCAGAGGGAUUUUAACAUGAUUGAUCUGAAGUUCAAGGAGGAAGUGAACCAUUACAGCAACGAAAUUAACAAGGCUAGUCCCGCAGUGUGCAUGCCUUUCGGCCUGCACAGACAGUUCCCAGAGAACAACUUGCAGAUGAUGGUGCAGUCCGGAGCCAAAGGUUCAACUGUGAACACCAUGCAGAUCUCAUGCCUGCUGGGCCAGAUUGAGUUGGAAGGUCGGAGACCCCCUCUGAUGGCGUCUGGCAAGUCGCUGCCCUGCUUCGAGCCCUAUGAGUUCACCCCCCGGGCCGGCGGCUUCGUCACCGGCAGAUUCCUUACGGGCAUCAAACCUCCUGAGUUCUUCUUCCACUGCAUGGCCGGGCGAGAGGGUCUGGUGGACACCGCAGUGAAGACCAGCCGCUCCGGUUACCUCCAGAGGUGUAUCAUCAAGCACCUGGAGGGGCUGGUCGUCCAGUAUGACCUGACGGUCCGUGACAGCGACGGCAGCGUGGUGCAGUUCCUGUACGGGGAGGACGGCCUGGACAUCCCCAAGACGCAGUUCCUGCAGCCCAGGCAGUUCCCCUUCCUCGCCAGCAACUAUGAGGUGAUAAUGAAAUCGAAGCAUCUCCGUGAAGUUUUAUCCAGAGCAGAUCCCCAGAAAGCCCUCCGCCACUUCAGAGCCAUCAAAAAAUGGCAAAGCAAGCAUUCCAACAGCCUGCUGCGAAAGGGCGCCUUCCUGAAUUAUUCCCAGAAAAUUCAGGCAGCUGUGAAAGCUUUGAACCUCGAGGGUGCAAACCAGAAUGGCCGCAGCCCCGAGACUCACCAGAUGUUGAGGAUGUGGAGCGAGUUAGAUGAGCAAAGCCGAAGGAAAUACCAAAAGAAGGCAGCUCCUUGUCCUGACCCCAGUCUCUCCGUCUGGCGCCCAGACAUCUACUUCGCGUCAGUGUCAGAAACCUUUGAAAAGAAGGUGGAUGACUACAGUCACGAGUGGGCAGCUCAAGCAGAGAAGAGUUACGAGAAGUCAGAGCUCUCUCUCGACAGGUUGAGGACCCUCCUGCAGCUGAAGUGGCAGCGCUCGCUGUGCGACCCGGGUGAGGCCGUGGGCCUGCUGGCCGCCCAGAGCAUUGGGGAGCCCUCCACACAGAUGACCCUGAACACCUUCCACUUUGCCGGCAGAGGCGAGAUGAACGUCACCCUGGGCAUUCCAAGGUUGAGGGAGAUUCUCAUGGUGGCCAGCGCCAACAUCAAGACCCCCAUGAUGAGCGUGCCUGUGCUCAACACCAAGAAAGCACUGAAGAAAGUGAAAAGCCUGAAGAAGCAGCUCACCAGGGUGUGCCUCGGGGAGGUGUUGGAGAAGAUUGAUGUCCAGGAGUCUUUCUCUAUGGGGGAGAAACAGAGCAAGUUCCGGGUGUACCAGCUGCGUUUCCAGUUCCUGCCUCACGUGUAUUACCAGCAGGAGAAGUGCCUGAGACCCGAGGACAUCCUGCACUUCAUGGAAACAAGAUUCUUUAAAAUUUUGAUGGAAUCCAUCAGAAAGAAGAAUAAUAAGGCGUCAGCUUUCAGAAGCGUAAACACGCGGAGAGCUACCCAGCGGGAUCUAGACGACGCUGGGGAGUUGGACAGGAGUCGGGGAGAGCAGGAUGGGGGUGAGGAGGAGGAGGGACACAUUGUGGACGCCGAAGCUGAGGAGGGAGACGCGGAUGCCUCGGACGCCAAACGCAAGGAGAAGCAAGAGGAGGAGGUGGAUUACGAGAGCGAGGAGGAAGAGGACAAGGAGGACGAGGACGAGGAGGACGUGCAGGAGGAAGGGAACGUCCGCAGGGAAGGCGGUCCCCAGGCCCCGGAGCAGGAGGAGGAGGAGGGGGCCUCGGGCCCUGAGGAGGACUCGCUGCCUGCUGCCCGCCCGGCGCAUCCCCGGAGGCCCCCCCGCAGCCGGGAGCCCCAGGGAGCCGAGGCGGUGGAGCGGCGGGUGCGGGCCGUGCGCGAGUGCCACCCGUUCCUGCAGGACUACCAGUACGACACCGAGAACAGCCUGUGGUGCCAGGUGACAGUGCAGCUUCCUCUCAUGAAGGUCAACUUUGACAUGAGCUCCCUGGUAGUGUCCUUGGCUCAGGACGCCGUCAUCUAUGCAACCAAGGGCAUCACGAGAUGCCUCCUGAAUGAAACCACCAACAGCAAGAACGAGAAGGAGCUUGUCUUGAACACAGAGGGCAUCAACCUGCAGGAGCUGUUCAAGCACGCCGAGGUGCUGGAUUUGCGCCGCCUCUAUUCCAACGACAUCCACGCGAUGGCCAGCACGUACGGCAUCGAGGCCGCGCUGCGGGUGAUCGAGAAGGAGAUCAAGGACGUGUUCGCCGUGUACGGCAUCGCCGUCGACCCCCGCCACCUCUCCCUGGUCGCUGACUACAUGUGCUUCGAGGGUGUUUACAAGCCACUGAAUCGCUUUGGGAUCCGGUCGAACUCGUCCCCUCUGCAGCAGAUGACGUUUGAAACCAGCUUCCAGUUUCUGAAGCAGGCCACCAUGAUGGGAUCCCACGACGAGCUGAGGUCCCCGUCAGCCUGCCUCGUGGUCGGGAAAGUCGUCAAGGGCGGGACGGGCCUGUUCGAGCUCAAGCAGCCCCUGAGAUAGUGGCCCCUGCGCGCCGUGCACCUGGCCAGCCCGUCACCUGAGAGAACCCAGAGGCGGGAGAGACCAGAAUUCCGGGCAGUCCCUGGCAAGGGUGCGGAGCACAGCGGUGACCCUGGGGUCCGAGAAGCAGCUGGACCAGCCUCGCUUGGGAAGUGGCUAUGUUGCUCGUCCUCGCCUGUCCAGCUCAGGAUGUCAACAGGGGUCACCAGGCCCCCAACCAAGUCCCUUGAGUCCCUCUGAGGUGGCCGGACCUCCCCCUGGGCUGCAGUGAGCCUCGGAGGUGACAUCCAUGGUCCCUCCAGGGUAGGGAGGUGAGGUCUCCUUGCUGUGAGCAGCCGGUGACUACAGGCAGGACUCCUGGGGGUCACGACAAGCAGGAGCGGCACUGCCCGACAGCCCACCCCUCCUGGCUGCGCCAGUCCCUGGGGUCGGAGGUCCCAAGGAGUCUCCGCCCAAGGCCCUUUCUCUGGACCAAGCGAAGGUGGCAGUGACCCCUCCUCACCCACCCUCUGUGCCUGGGCCAGAGUCCCGGCUCUGCUGGCACAUGACUACGUGUCCUUCUAGAGCAGAUUGGCCCCGAGUCAGGGCCCCAGCAGCUCACCUCGGCACGUAAGCCCCGAGCCACCAGCCGGGCUGCGCUGUUGGCACGAGUUGCCUGGCUCUGCUCGCAGCCCAGCUUUGAGGCCUGAGUCCCUCUCUGCAGGCUCUGCCCUGUCCGGGGUGGUCCGGCCUCCCCUGACCUCUGGCACCAGCAGCCAGGGGCCCCAGCGUGAAGAGAAAAGUCAGAGGACCUGUACCGAGGCUUUGUAAAAUCAGAGGCUGUUUCUAUUUUUGUCUAAUGUUAUUCCAGCUCAGGCUGUGUAAUAAACGUCACUGGAGCUAGC